AUGAGGUCCACUUUUCUGGAACCUCGUGUAAUUCCAGAUAUUGCUGUAGCAUGUAGGCAGCUUGCUGUCUGUCAACACUUUGAUGAACUUUUGAUAAAUGCCAGUGAGGUUGACAAUGAAGAAGACAGUGCAGCUGAGAAUCAAGAAAAUGACAGAGGUGCAGAUAAAGAGAGGAAGAGAGCAAAACCAAGAACCAGAAGAGGACAUGGAAGAGGAAGAGCCAGGCAUGGUGGUGAGGAGGAUGGAGAUGAUGAAGAUGGAACAAGGAGAGCUGGGCAACGCAGGCAAAGAAACCGGAGAGGACGGAGCCGAGCAGGUGGAAAUGAGGGCAGUGAUUCUGAGGGGGAUCCUACAAAAGCCAGGAAGAACCAGGCAAAUCAAAAAUCAAAGGAAGAUGGUGAAGAAGAGGAAGAUGAAAAAGGGGGUAAGAGUGGGAAAGGCAAAAAUGAGAAGAAACAGGACAAAAAGGCUGAUAAGAAAGGGAAGAAAGAAAAGGCCAACAAGAAGAAAAAGGACAAAAAGAAAUCAGGAUCUGGCUCUGAUUCUGACUCUGAGGAGGAGCCGAUUACUGAGGAGGAAUUGGCCAAACUGAAAGAAGAGGUAGAAGAAAAAAAGAAGCUAAUCGCCACAUUACGAAACAAGCCAUGGAAGAUGAAAAAGAAGUUGUCAGUUCUAAAAGAAGCGCAGCUUUUUGUUGAAAAAUUUGAAGGUGCUCUUGGAAAAGGAAAGGGAAAAAAGUUCUAUGCGUACAAAGUGAUGAUGACCAAGAAAUGGAUGAAAUUCCAAAGAGAUUUUGAGAAUUUUAAGACAGCCUGCAUACCCUGGGAAAUGAAAAUUAAAGAGAUUGAAAGUCACUUUGGGUCAUCGGUAGCGUCUUAUUUCAUAUUCUUACGCUGGAUGUAUGGAAUAAACAUGAUUCUCUUUGGGCUGACGUUUGGACUUGUAAUGGUGCCUGAGGCAUUGAUGGGAAAGCCAUAUGGCUCUUUACCUAGAAAAACUGUUCCAAGAGCUGAAGAAGCUACAGCUAUGAACUUUGCUACCCUUUGGGAUUUUAGUGGCUUUGCACAGUAUUCUGUGCUUUUUUAUGGUUAUUACAAUAAUCAGAGGACAAUUGGAUGGCUCAAGUUCAGGAUGCCUCUUUCCUAUUUCCUUGUUGGCGUUGGGACUAUUGGCUACAGCUUUAUGAUUGUCAUUCGAACAAUGGCAAGGAAUGCAAAUGAUGAUGGUGGUGGGGAUGAUACUAGCUUUAAUUUCAGCUGGAAAAUGUUCACAAGCUGGGACUACCUGAUUGGCAAUCCUGAGACAGCAGAUAAUAAGUUUGCUUCCAUCACUACCAGCUUUAAGGAAGCUAUCGUGGAGGAGCAGGAGAGCCGAAAGGAGGAAAAUAUUCACUUGACUCGGUUCCUGAGGGUGCUUGCUAACUUCUUAGCCAUGUGCACACUUGCUGGGAGUGGCUACCUCAUAUUUUUUGUUGUGAGAAGAUCCCAGAAAUUUGCCCUGGAAGGUCUGGAGAACUACGGGUGGUGGGAAAGAAAUGAAGUAAACAUGGUCAUGUCACUUUUGGGAAUGUUCUGUCCAACCUUAUUUGAUGUAAUCAGUUCUCUGGAAAACUACCACCCUCGAAUAGCUCUAAGAUGGCAGCUUGGACGCAUAUUUGCUCUUUUUCUUGGCAAUCUCUACACUUUCAUUAUUGCCCUAAUGGAUGAAAUCAAUCUCAAGUUGGAAGAAGAAAAAAUAGUCAAGUAUAACAUGACAAUAUGGGAAGCCAGUCUGUACAAUGGCACUAUUCCAGAAAAUUCAACUGCUCCUCCAAUACAGGUGGACCCUGCAGACGUUCCUAGAGGACCAUGUUGGGAAACAAUGGUAGGCCAGGAGUUUGUACGGCUGACAGUCUCUGACACGAUGACAACAUACAUCACAAUUCUAAUUGGUGAUUUCUUGAGAGCUGUCUUUGUUAGGUUUUUCAAUUACUGCUGGUGCUGGGACUUGGAAUAUGGAUUUCCAUCAUAUUCAGAAUUUGAUAUAAGUGGGAAUGUGCUCGGACUGAUAUUUAAUCAAGGCAUGAUCUGGAUGGGAUCUUUUUAUGCUCCAUGUCUCCCAGCAAUCAAUGUGUUCCGACUCCAUACUUCAAUGUACCUGCAAUGCUGGGCAGUGAUGUGCUGCAAUGUUCCCCAGGAGAGAGUCUUCAAAGCCUCCAGAUCAAACAACUUCUACAUGGCCAUGUUGCUUUUCAUUCUCUUUCUUUCUACACUGCCUGCUGUGUACACCAUUGUCUCCAUUCCACCAUCUUUUGACUGUGGCCCUUUCAGUGGGAAAACAAGAAUGUUUGAAGUCAUAUCAGAAACUCUGGAGCAUGACUUCCCUUCUUGGUUUGGGAAGGUAUUUGGUUAUGCCUCUAACCCUGGACUCAUCCUACCUUUUAUAUUACUGAUGGUCCUGAGUAUUUAUUAUCUUAAUGCUACAUCCAAGUCCUACAAGGAAGCUAACCUGGAACUUAAAAAGAAACUACAAAGUCAAGCAGAAGAAAAUAAAAGAAGAAAUAAACAAAAGGCGCAAAAAUCAAAUGAACAAGAGGAAAAUCCAUUUGAGACAGAGCCACCACAGUCAAAGCAAAAAGAAGGCAAGCAAGAUGAAUCUGCUGCAAAUCAAGAUAACAAGAAAGAACAGAGUGGCAAUGAAGCAAAAAAAACAGGUCAGCAACAGGAAGGAAGUUCCUCUCAGGCACCACAGCAUCCAGGCACUGCCCCAAAUGGCCACAAUCCACCACAGGGCAGAGGAAACUUUCUUCCCCCACCCAUUGCUGUGACUCGGCCACCAGGGCCACGAGGGUAUGCAGCACCAGGCUAUCUACCUGGGCACCCACGCUUUCCAGGGGUACAGCCAGGAAUGCCCAGGGGACCUCCCCACUACAGAUAAGGAAGCUGUCUGUCCUUUUCUGGUAUGUUAUAAGAUACAGGACACCAAGGGAGAUAGGAGUGAUCUUGACUUGCAAAAAUACUCCUUGAAGUACAGAACUCUGUUCUGUUUAUUAUAAAUCUUCAUCUGCAUAUUCAUGUGCUUCAUUUUUUGUGGGAUGGAACUUUCCAGCAGAAAAAAAAUGCAUCUGUCUACUUGCUUUUAAAGAUAUUGCAAAAAAUGUGUUAGCUGUGUCAAAAUGUCGCAAAACUUAAGGUAUGUAUUGGAAAAUAUUAUUGGGAAAAUAAAAAAUAUUUUGUAUUUUGUUGGUUGUUUUCUUAAAAGCUUGCAAGAGCGUCUCUUAUACCAUUUUCUUUUCCUCAAACAUGUUUGCUGAGAACAUAACUUCUUAAUGUAUUGGAGUCAGCUAUAUUUAAAAACUGCAUAUGGCUUGACCUCUGCAGUUGAGUUAUGCUUACUCAAAGAGUUCUGAUUUUGCAUGAUGAAACUCUGAUCGUUUGAGAAGUUUGGUUAUUAUCUCUAAAGACUUUGGGAAAUUAUUGCAGAGGUAAAAGAAAAGCAAUAUUUUGCUAUGAAUAAAAUUUAACUCCUAUUGCAGUACCACUUUUAGCUAAUACAGCAAUAAUGAGUUUUAUCAUAUU